UGCAACUGAAAAAUUAAAAGUAAUGGAGGAAGACUAUACUGUGCAUAUUGAAAAGACCAAAGAAAAGGAAGAUGAAUUGGAAACAUACGUUCCCCAAGUGAAAGCGAUCACGGAUGAAUAUGAAGAAAAUACUGAAAAGUAUGAAACCCUCAAAUAUCAUGUUUCAGCACAGAAUCGUGAACACGAGUCACUGAAAUACGGCAUUUGUUUGAUGAAACAGAAAGAAUCAAACUACAAAAAUGAGAGGGAAAAAGUGAAGAAUUUAUUGAAGAAAGGCCGAAAUGAGGAAAUGUUAAGAAUGAAAAAACAUCUGAACUUCAUGUACGUUUCAGAAAAAGAUAUCUAUGAAACAGAACAAAAACUGAGACUUUUAAUCCUGGAAAACGACAGAAUACGAAAAGCUCUUAAGCUAGUGAGAGAAGAUAUACAACACCUUCAAAAGGAAGGACAAAAUAGUAUUGAUUCAGUAGACAAAAUGAAUUUAGAACUGGAUGAGCUUCAAGGCACAUACGUGAAGAUGUGGGAGGAAACUCUGAAUGCCAUAAAGAAAUUUAGAGGAGAUAAUAAGAUUACCGUGGAAGGAACUGUAAAGUUAAUGACACAACUUUAUAAGAGAGAAGAAAAAUUGAAAAUCAUUUGUGGUUGGCUCAGACGGCACAUUGAUAAUCUGUAUUACAUAAUUGAUUAUAAAGAGUCAAACACUGUCAUUGGAGAGAACGCCAAAGCACAGAAAAAGAAGUCAACCUACAAAACUGGAAAAAAGGUACUAUGACUGCUAAAGGCCCGAUGCACUUUUUACUACAACUGGAAAGAUACAGGUAAGAUAUAUGAUUAAUAUUAAACUACUCAUAUCUGAGCUAAACAAGUGAUUUUUUUUGGCUACUUAAAAUUACUUUAAAAAUAAAGAUCUGGGGCAGCUAG